GAAGUUCCAGGUUCCGUAAUUAAAAAAAAAAAUCACCUGCUCGCCGUCGUCGCCGCCGCCUCCACCGCUGCCUCCACUGCCGCCAAAAUUCCUCCCUCCGAAUGUCAGCCAUAUUCGCCUCGAAUCACCCAUCUAUUUUGUAUUUUUGAUGAUUGUUGUUUUUUUUUUUUUAAAAUGAACAAAAAAAUUUGGAAUUUUUUUUUUUUUUUUUUUUUUUUUCAGAUUUAGAGUGUUUUAGAGAGUUAGAGAGAGAAGUAAGAAAGUGAGAAAUGUUGGUCGGGAAGUGGAAAAAACUGUAUUUAAAUGUUAGGGGUAAAAUUGGAAUUUCAAGUCAAAAUGGGAGCGUUACCCGGUAAAAUGGGAGCGACGAAUAACAACCCCCUUUGAAAGUUCUUGAAAACUUGUAUCUAAAUCUGAGUUGAGAUCAAUUUGGAAGAGUAGAAUAGUAAGGUUGAAGAUUUGGAUUAUUUUGGGAUUGUGAUGAGUUUUGAGAUUUUAUUGGGGUUUUUUUUUUCCUAUUGCAUUUUGAAAUAUUCAUCUCAACAUAAUUUGUUUUUUAUAAGAGAGUAAUAUUCAUUUUCAUAGAAGUUGUUUCAAAAUAUUGACCUCAUUUUAUAGAAAAAAAUAAAAUAGAGCCUUAUGUGAUAGGAAAAAUGGAAAAGAAAAAUCCAACCUUCAUUUUAUUCCUCAAAAAUCCAACAUUUAUACCCCACCUUCUCCUAUAGAUCCAUUUGACCUCUAACUUGUUAAACUGGUUAAAUUUAUUUAUUUAUUUAUUUUAAAUUCUUUCACUCCUCUUUCUCUCUCCUAUCUCCUAAAAACUGAAACAAUAGAACCACCACGCACCUCCGUCGCCACCACCACCGCUGCCACCAUUUACCCCACCCUACCAAAAUCCAGAACCGAAACCCUUCUCCCACUCCUACCUAUGCUCGAAACCACAAGCCCAGACUCAAUUAAACCUUCGAUUUGCUUUGACUGUGGGGCUGCCACCACCGAUUUGCUUCGAUUAAACCACAACAUCAGUUAAUUGUUGUUGUUGUCGGCGAGUUGAUGUUGUUGGUGAAGGGAAAUUGGUGGGCUGAACUUCUGAAGUGUGUGGUUGUGUUGCUGGUGUCGUGUGGUGGCGAGCAAGGUGGAUGUGGAUUGGUGAUUGGGGGGAACUUUGUAGCGUGAGGUUGGAGUUGGAGGGCGGUGCGGUUGUGAUUGCGGUUGUUGCGGGCUGCUGAAACGGAGAUUGGAAAUGGAGGUAGGGGCCGCUUGGUGGCGGGAGGAGUGUAGUGGGUUUUCCAGUGGAGAGGAGAUUGGGGUUGCCGGGUUCUGGUGGCUGGUGGGCGGUGGGGAUGUGGUGGUCAAGGAAGGACGGUGGGCGGGUUUCUGAUUUUUUUUUGUUUUUUUGUUUUAUUUUUAAAUUAUUUUGUUUAAUGGAUCUAUAUGGUGGUCAAGGAAAGACGGUGGGCGGUGGGGAUGUGGUGGUCAUCAACAUGUAAUGGAUCUAUAUGAGAAAGUGGGGUAUAAAGGUUGGAUUUUUGAGGAAUAAAAUGAAGGUUGGAUUUUUAGGAGGAAAAAGUGCAAAUGUUGGAUUUUUCUUUUCCAUUUUUCCCAUGUGAUAUUAGACGAGUCUUCAAAUUUACAUGAUAAAAUUAAACGAGCACAAGUUGAAUAGUAGUUUAACGAAUUUAGUGAAUAACAAGUACAAGUCGAGCACGAGCCAUGUUUUUGGAGCAUGAGUCGAGAACAUAUUAUCUCAUGAUUGACUCGCUUGAUUAGCAUCAAUUGCGGUCAAGCAAUCAAGCAUUAGGUUCACUCUAAACCCAAACCAUCAAUUCCUAGUUAUAGAAAUUACCCAAAAAAAAAAAAAAAAAAAAAAAAAAAGAGAGUCAAUGAUCAAAUAAAACCUCCAUCCACCGAAAAGAAGUUAAGAAUUCCCCUCUUGACUCAUCCCAGCAAUGGCCGGGAAAUGGUUACCAGUGGCGAAUCUAACAUCAAGCAAAAGACCAAUCCUCACCGGCGACGAAGUAGAAUGCUUCUACCUUUCGAGCAUCGAUAUUGAACCCGACUUCACAACCCACCCAACUCUCUCCCCUUACACUUCCGGCAUCCUCAGAUUCCUCACUCUCACCACUCACCGCCUCAUCUGGAUUUCUCCAUCCUCCGACACCGCUUCAAUCUCCCUCUCUCAUAUCACUCACAUUUACCCCCCUAAAAAAUCCCUAAAAUCUAUGCUAUCUAUUUCCAGUCCAAGGGUUAAAUUUGACUAUUCACACCCUUCAAUGGGGUCAAUUGCGGUGACGCUGGUGAUGAGGGGGAAAUCGGAUAACCAUGAGUUGUUUUAUGAGAAGUUUUGGGCAGCGUGGAAGGGUAGAGCGUGGGAGAGUUCUGGUGCUGUGGCGGCAGCCGAGGCGGGGGCAGGGGCGGGGGAGGGGAGUAGUGUGGCGAUUCGGGUGCCAGUUGUGGGUGUUGCGGGGAUAUUGAGGAAAGAGCAGGAGAUGUGGGAGAGUACUGAUAAGACUUUGCAGGAUGCUUUUCAGGAUUUGAAUGCUCUAAUGAGUAAAGCGAGAGAGAUGGUAAAGUUAGCCGAGAGAAUGAGGCAAAAGCUUUUGGCAGGGUCAACUAGUCAAUCUAGUAAUGCAAGUGAUGAGGAGAUGAGCUCCAAAGAAGAUGUGCAAGAAUUGUUGCUCAGUGUUGGUAUCAUAUCGCCAGUGACAAAGGAAUCUGCUGGGGCAUUGUAUCAUCAGCAGUUGUCUCGCCAGUUAGCAGACUUUGCCAGGGUUCCAUUGGAGAGAGCUGGAGGAAUGAUUAAUCUUAUUGAUGUAUAUUGCCUUUUCAAUCGUGCUCGUGGCACAGAGUUGAUUUCACCUGAUGAUUUAUUGCAAGCAUGUACUCUUUGGGAGAAGCUCGAUGUUCCUAUAAUGCUGCGGAAGUUUGAUAGUGGUGUUAUGGUCAUUCAAAGCAAGUCCCAAAGUGAUGAAGAGGUUUUUGGUAGAAUCAGAACACUUGUACUGAAAACUGAAGCCCUCCGAGUUGGUAUAAGUGCAAGCGAUGCUGCAAUGACUCUUGAGAUAGCCCCAGCUAUGGCCAAGGAGCAUCUUCUUGCUGCUGAAAGUAAAGGUCUACUUUGCAGGGAUACUAGUCCAGAUGGCUUCAGAUUUUUUGUUAAUCUUUUUCCAGAGAUCAAUUUGGAUGACAUGUACCUGGUGAAUGAAAGUGGGAUUUAUGCUUCCUGGGUUGCUGCUGUCGGAGAAUCAUAGUAAGAUGGCUUAAACAUUCAAAUGUCAAUAAUCUUUGCAAUCAAGUAUAAAUAACCCAUGUGAUGCAUAACAUCUUUACACGGAGUUGUUGAUAACCUGAGAACGGCGAGAAGUGUACCAAGGAUACGUCUUAUGUAACAUAAAUUCAUUGAUGUAACCUUGUUAUAAGUUGCAGAAUUCUUGGGGUUCUGUAAUAUUUCCAUUGUAAGAAAUUCAAAUUAGGUUUUUGUUUUGUUGGCCUCCUCCUUUAAUAUCUUCCAAGUGGUCAAGAUUUGUCGACAACAGCAAUAGUUGUGCAGUAGAAAUAGAAAAGAGAAAAGAAGCAAGUUUAACAAGUACUCGCUUGUAUAAACAACAAUUAUAUCCUUGUGCAUGGAUUUCAUUUUACUUCAUCCGUUAUUUUAGAUGCAUCACUUUUUAUAGAUAAAAGUUUCAAUUUA